AUGCCUUCCUUCUUCCAAUCUCCGGCAUCCUUCCGCGUCCGCUCCCUCGCCGACUCCAUCACCGACUCCGGCCUCAACUACAACUCCCGCCGAUCGAUCCCCUCCCCCUCUGCCGGCGACGCCCAACUACCGCUCCUCAUGGCGACCGCUCUCACAAACGUGACAAUGGCCGCCGCCUCCUCUGCCACCGGCGCCGACUUCAAUAUCCUCAACGACCACAGCUCUCACCCCAACUUCCUCCACCUCGCCGGAUUGGUAUGCGAGGCUGUCUUGGAGGUGGUGUUCGUCGCGCUUCCCGGCUACAUCGCCGCCGCGGUGGGCAUGUUCAACACCGAGAAUCAAAAGUUCGUCGCCGAGCUCAACGUCCUCGUCUUCACACCCUGUCUCAUCUUCACCAAGCUGGCCAGUCAAUUGAACGCGGAGAAGCUGGCGGAUCUUGCAGUGAUCCCAGUCAUCUUCAUCACGCAGACUCUCAUCUCCUUCGCCUCAGCACACCUCAUGGCGAUGCUGUUCGGCUUCCGAGGGAAGGCAAAAAGACGGCAGAAGAACUUCAUCGUGGCUAUGGGUGUGUUUGGCAACUCCAACUCGUUGCCCAUCUCGCUGGUCUUGAGUUUGUCGCACACUAUCAGUGGGCUGCAUUGGGACAAGGUUCCGGGGGACAACGACAACGAGGUGGGCGCGAGGGGCAUUCUCUACUUAUUGAUAUUCCAGCAGCUGGGCCAGCUGGUGAGGUGGACCUGGGGGUUUAAUGUGCUGCUGAAGCCUAAGAGUGCUUAUGAAGAAGAGGACAAGGCGGCUGAAGAGGCGAAUGCAGAGGACAGGAUUGCCGAGGAAGGGAGGUACACGGACGACUCUGGGAGUCAGGAAGAUUUGCUUGUGGGCGCGAAGAAGAACGGCAAGCCGACGGACUCUGGGUUUGGGAGUGGCACUCAAACACCUGCGAGCAGUGCCAGUACCACCUCUUCAGAAGGCGACGACGAGGACACGCCGCUGAUGGUCGGCGCAACACCCACGAACGGCAAUCUCACGAACGAGCCAGACGACAUCAGCCCCUCGAGCUCAAAAUCCACCGGCGCCGCACCCGACGGCGCCCUCUACCAACGCGCCCGCUCCCAAAACCACAUCACCACCUUCCCCAACUUCUCCCAGACCUCCGGCCCGGCGUCACCGCAAGACCACUCCGCCCAACCCUGGCACAAACGCGCCUACCACAACCUCCUCACCACGCUCAAAUCCCUCUCCACGCGCCUGUCCGCCAGCCUGGCGAAAUUUGGCCACGCCCUCUUCACCCGCCUCCCCUCACCCUUGCAAACCUUCCUCACCACCCUCCACAACUACAACGCCCGCUUCUGGCGCGGCGUCUGGCGCCAAAUGAACCCGCCCCUGUGGGCCAUGCUGCUCGCCCUCCUCGUCGCCUCCAUCCCCGCCUUACAGCGCCUUUUCUUCACCCCCGGCACCCUCGUCGCCAACUCCGUCACCCGCGCGAUCCAGCAAUCCGGCUCCGUCGCCGUCCCCUUAAUCCUGGUCGUGCUGGGCGCCAACCUCGCGCGCUCCACUCUCCCGCAGGACCAACUCGCCACGAGUCCAGAAGAAAAAGCCGAGGAGCGCAAACUCCUCAUCGCCUCCCUGAUCUCCCGCAUGGUCCUCCCCACCAUCAUCAUGGCGCCCAUCCUCGCGCUCAUGGCGAAAUUCCUCCCGAUAUCGAUCCUGGACGACCCGAUCUUCAUCAUCGUCUGUUUCCUGCUGACUGGCGCCCCGAGCGCGCUGCAGUUGGCGCAGAUCUGCCAGAUCAACGAGGUUUUCAUGGGGGCGAUGAGUAGUUUGCUGCUGGCGAGUUAUGUCGGGGCGAUUUUCCCGAGUACGUUGGUGCUGGUGUUGUUGGCGUUGGAGGUUGUGGAGUGGACUUCGGGAGACGCUGGAGGUUUGCGAGGGGAGAUAUGUGAAGCUCUGGAUGGAGGAAAGGAAAGGGUCGAGGAGCACGUGGGUAUGGAGGGGUUUGAGGGAAGGAAGGGGGGUGUACUUGUAUCACACGACCGUCACGACACUACCUCCAAGGUGUUCUUCGAUCUGCACAUUCUGGCGUAG